AAGAAGGCAAUCUUCAACGCCAGAGUGUUCACGUGUUGUGGUUUUCCUGAUCCACAAAGGCGUGUUUUAUGACGCCUUUGUGGAUCUAUUUCUGGCCUUUGGCAGUUCGCUUCCUGAAAACAAAGCUUUAGACGCGAGGGCUGCGCAACACUCCUUGACAGUCCUCGUUGUUAACAGAUUGGAAAAACUUGUACUGAAUAUACUUUUUUUUUUUUGGAGGAUUCAUUGAGUUCAGCUGAAGGCAAGUACAACCACUGCAAAGAAAAGCCAGGUGGGUUAUUCUCAUUUGAGUUAGAGAAGAAGAAAAAAAUCAGCAGAGCUCACUUCCUGACGUGGGGUUUGAACAUUGAGCCGUUGGCGCGUGAUGUUGUCUGGCAGAGGAGAGUGAUGAACGAGCACCUGCUGAAAAUACUGAUCGUUGGCGAUGGAAAUGUCGGGAAAUCCUCCUUUGUGCAUCGCUACGUCAACGGACAAUUCAACAAGACCUACAAGAUGACGAUGGGAGUGGAUUAUUCUGUCAAGGUGCUGCUCUGGUCGGAUAAAGAAAAAGUCACACUGCAAAUAUGGGACAUCGCAGGCCAGGAACGUUUCAUAUCCAUGAACAGGAUCUAUUAUAAAGGCGCACUGGGCUGUGUUGUGAUGUUUGACGUCACCAACUCGGCCAGCUUCCUCAGCUGUCGCCAUUGGAAACAGGACCUUGACAACAAAGCCAUGCUGCCCGACGGAAACUCCAUCCCCUGCAUCCUUCUGGCCAACAAGUGCGACCUAGCACAGCGCGUUGUUUCCGGAGACAGCAUCGACCGCUUCAGUAAGGCCAACGGGUUCGUUAGUUGGAUGGAGGUUUCGGUCAAAGAGAACAAGAACAUUGGGGAGGCUAUGAGGAUAUUAGUGCAGGAGAUGUUGACGGCUCAGUCAGGUCUGGAUCCCCUCCGACCUGGACCUCAAGAGAGCAUUUACCCUCAACUGGACCCAGAGUGCAACAGAGGAAGGGGCUGCUGCUGAAUCACAGCAAGAAGCACACAGUCAGGACCUGCUCAUCAUGUUUAGAUCCUCCAGUUGUUUGAAGGGCCAAUGAGCACAGCCUUCACUGUGGACAGAAGAAGCACAUGGAUGGCAAUGUUGGGAGGUGCAGAUUGGUAAUGCUGCUAAGUGGGUCUGCAUCUAAACUGGCUCAAAAGGAACUGACUAAAAACUUCAAUCUGGGAAAUGAUUUCCAA